UACUUUCAGAGCACGAAAAGGAAUUGAAUUUUUCUUCCACUCGUUUUUAAUUUUAAUUUAUUUUUUGGGGAGAAAAAUGAUCGAUUAAAUCCAUAAAAAAAAUAAUUAAUAAAUGAUAUUAGAUUAGGUUUGUGGAUCUCUCUCCUCUAAUUCUUUAUUUUUUUUUUCUAUUUAUAUUCUUCUUCGCAAUCUAAUGGGAGAGUGUCCUUUCUCGGCUUUCCCCUUCUUCGUUCAUUAGGGUUUGGAUUCUUCGUCAAUCGGCCGAUCGAUCGGACUGCGGAAUUGUGGGUGGGUGUCGAGGAUUUUCGAGCGCUGUUUUGUUCUUCAUUUGGAUCUGAUGUCGCACGGCUUUUCGGUGGCGGUGGCGGAUCUCGACGGCUUGCGGUCGGUCGGCCAGGACUCGGCGGCGGGGGAGGAGGGGGUCGAUCGGUUUGACGUCUUGCCGGACGCGUUGCUUCUCGUCAUCUUCAACCGGGUCGGCGACGUUAGGGCCCUCGGUCGGCUCUGCGCUGUGUCGCGCCGCUUCCGCGACCUCGUUGCCCAUGUGGACGACGUUGUCGUCCGCGUCGACUGCGUCGUCUCCGACGAGCCCUCCCCCUCCGAUGGCGCUGGUGCCGGGUUCGGUAAGCCUCGCGGCGUCUUCUCUAAGCUCACCCAUCUCUUCCUGGGUUCGCUCGUCAAGCCCUUCCAAGCUCUCGGUCAGAUCCUCUCUCCUCCCCCCUCGUGUACCUGCGCAGAUGCUGCCUACGGGAAACCUUCCUCAUCCGAGGUCCCUCACCAUUCCCCGUCUGAAGUCUUGAAGAACUUUGAGGAAAUCCGACGCCUCCGCAUAGAGCUCCCGGACGGCGAACUCGGGGCCAACGAAGGCGUUCUGCUGAAGUGGAGGGCCAACUUUGGCUCCACCCUCGAGAAUUGCGUCAUCCUCGGCGCGGCCUCCGUGGAAUCCUCAUCCAACCCUGGCCAAACUCCCAGCUUUAAUGGCGCAUCUACUGGUGGAGACGUCUGCGGUGGCAUCCCGGACGCUUUCUACACGGACGGGAGCUUGAAGCGCAGGGUGGUGUGGACUAUCAGCUCACUGAUCGCUGCUUCCGCCCGCCAUUAUCUUCUCUACCCAAUUGCAGUGGACCACGGGUCUUUACAGAGCUUACAUCUUACAGACGCAGAUGGGCAAGGAGUGCUGUCUAUGGACCAGCGGCAGAUACAGGAACUCCGAGCGAAGCCAUUGAUUGCUUCAGGGGGCUCUCAGCGGACCUUGUUGCCGGCGCUAAGCAUGCGGCUAUGGUACGCUCACCGGCUGGAGUUGCCUUGUGGGAUGGUACUGAACGGUGCGACAUUGUUGGCUAUCAGACCCAGCAACACCGAGGAGGCUGGUGGUUGUUGGGCUGCAGAGGCUUUUGAGGAGCCAUACAGGACGGCCACAAAGUUGUUGAUGAAGACGAAGACUUACUGUCUUGAAAUGAAUUCUUUCUGAUCCUUGUAAACGACUGCAGAAUCUAAUCUUUAAAGGUACAAGGAACUGAACUCACAUAAGAAAUGGAUCACUACAAGUUGUAUUUCUUGCAUCUUUCUUCAAUGGAUUGUGCUCUCUCUUAACACA